UCUGUCUCGCGUCGGUGACGUCCCGGUCUUUCUGAGGCCAGGAGGCGCGCGAAUUGUAUCCAGCGCGCUCAAGCAGUCGGACGGCCCUCGCGAGUCGACCCGACGGGCUAUGGCCGAUUACUUGAUCAGCGGCGGCACCGGCUACGUGCCGGACGACGGGCUCACGGCGCAGCAGAUGCUGAACUGUGGCGACGGGCUGACUUACAAUGACUUCCUUAUUCUCCCUGGCUACAUAGAUUUUACUGCAGACCAAGUGAUCAUGACCAAACGGGAAGAUCUUGUUGUAGCUCCUGCAGGAGUUACAUUAAAAGAAGCAAAUGAAAUCUUGCAGAGGAGUAAAAAAGGAAAAUUGCCAAUUGUUAAUGAAAAGGGAGAGUUGGUGGCCAUAAUUGCUCGCACAGAUCUGAAGAAGAAUCGGGACUAUCCUCUGGCAUCAAAGGAUGCCAAAAAACAGUUGCUCUGUGGGGCAGCCAUUGGGACUCAUGAAGACGAUAGGUACCGUCUUGAUCUGCUGGCACAAGCUGGAGUUGAUGUCAUUGUAUUGGAUUCAUCUCAGGGCAACUCCAUUUUUCAAAUCAACAUGAUCAAAUACAUCAAGGAGAAAUAUCCUCAUCUGCAAGUCAUUGGAGGCAAUGUGGUGACAGCGGCCCAGGCAAAGAACCUGAUUGACGCUGGGUCUGACGCCCUGAGGGUUGGCAUGGGCAGCGGCUCCAUCUGCAUCACACAAGAAGCUGUUCCAAAGGUCCCUCCAGACCUAAAGUCCCACAGCCCCAAAUGCCCUUCCGCGGUCACUGGCACCUAUAUCUUAGCGUGUGGCAGGCCCCAAGCCACAGCCGUCUACAAAGUGUCCGAGUAUGCUCGAAGAUUUGGUGUGCCAGUGAUUGCUGAUGGAGGCAUCCAGACGGUUGGACACAUUGCCAAGGCCCUUGCCCUGGGCGCUUCCACGGUGAUGAUGGGGUCCCUUCUAGCUGCUACCUCAGAAGCCCCAGGGGAGUAUUUUUUCUCCGAUGGGAUCAGGCUGAAGAAAUAUCGUGGCAUGGGAUCUCUUGAUGCAAUGGACAAGAACCUGGGCAGCCAGAACAGAUAUUUCAGUGAGACGGAUAAAAUUAAAGUGGCCCAGGGGGUCUCUGGGGCCGUGCAGGACAAGGGCUCCAUCCACAAGUUCGUGCCAUACCUGAUUGCUGGCAUCCAGCACUCCUGCCAAGAUAUCGGUUCGAAGAGUUUAACACAGCUGAGGGCCAUGAUGUAUUCCGGAGAGCUGAAAUUCGAGAAGAGAACGACGUCUGCUCAGGUGGAAGGAGGGGUUCACGGCCUUCACUCAUAUGAGAAGCGUCUUUUCUGAUGAUGGGUCCCUUGUGCAUUUCCAGAGCCUCUUUUGUCUCAUGGGGCUCGUGCAGCCACGAUCAUGAACUGCUCCCUUCACAGAAGUGCCAUUUUGCUAAAGGCGCAGGGCUACAUGCCAUUUCCCAAAUCAUCAGCUGCUCUGACCAAGGCUGAAGAGAACCUAUUCCAGGGAUGGUGCUGUAUGCUGACAGAAACCUUGCAGAUGUGUGUUCUUGCACUAUUUUUACAAUAAAACAUGAGGAACGAGUCUUAACUUUUUCCAACACACCUGGG